AUGUCUGAAUUAGUAGCUGACGUGGAGGACUGGAGCUUGCAGGCCAUAGUUCGAGGAUCGAGCGGCGACUUUGCAAAGAUCAACGCUGAUCACAUGGAAUUCGGCGGCCAGGAUCCAUUCUCCGACCUGUUGACCAGUUUUCCCGAGAUGUUUGACUUGUCGACCGGCUCUAGCGACGAGCUGGAGGGGCUGUACAAGCCGUUCUACACGGCUAGCCAAAAUAAUACUUACGAGCUCCCGGCCCAAACCGUUAUCGAGUUUCAAGUGCAGGCCAAGCCGGAUGGCUCGGGCGAGGAAGCUAAUAAGCCGGCUCAUGAUGAUCUGUACUCGGAUCAGUCGUCCGGAAAUAGCUUCGUCGCUAGGGUUACGGCGGGCUACACUCCAAAAUACAAGAAGAGAAAGAAUCAGCAUAAAAGAGUGGUGAUUCAAGUGACGGCUGAGGGUCUUUCUGCUGAUAAGUGGGCUUGGCGCAAAUACGGGCAGAAGCCUAUUAAGGGCUCACCAUAUCCAAGGAGCUACUACAGAUGUAGCAGCUCGAAGGGUUGUUUGGCGCGCAAGCAAGUCGAGCAAAGCUGCAACGAUCCUGGACUGUUCAUCGUGACCUACACAGCCGAACACAGCCAUAGCCAGCCGACCAGACGAAACUCAUUAGCCGGCACCGUCCGGCAGAAAUUCCCAUCCCAUAACAAAAACACAAAAGGCGCCGGCUCCCAAACCGUCCUACCACAAAAAACCGAAGAAUCUUGUGUUUCCCCACAAACACCUCAUCAACUUUUGUCCGACCGAUCGGUUAUUGGUUUUUGUGAAAGUAUCAAAGAGGAGAAUAAUGCAGAAGAUAACGACGUAAGAGUUGUGAAAACAGAAUGCGGUGGAGGGUAUAGUAACGACAUUGACAUGUCCGAUUUUGCAUUGGACGAGGAUUUCUUUUCGGGGUUUGAGGAUUUCGAUGAUGGAUUUACUAAUCCGGAGCCACAGUAUUUUCCUGUAAGGGAGGAGUGUGGCUGGUUUUAG